AUGGGGUGCAGGUGCUGCAAAAUGAUACAAAGCUAUAUUUUUGAUCCAGAAGAAGUACAGUCACCCAGGUGUGUUUGUGAAGCAAACAGCUACAAACACAAUGAGCAAGACAGCAGUAAAUCCAAAUUCAAAGACAACAGUGAAAUUCAAGGACACAAAAAUGAACUCCAGAAGGAUAAGCCAAACAGAACAGAAAAUGAAACCCAGGGAAAUAGCACGAAAGAAACCCUCUGGAACCACGGAGGCAAUGAUUUGCAAGAGGAUGGCCUUGUGAAGUGUGUUGCAAAGCUUGAUUUUGCAGUCAAUGGUGGCAACUCCUGCAGUGGAGUGCACCCCAUGCUCAAUCCCCAUACAAACCCAGUGACAGAAGCCAGUGAACAGGGACCCUCCAGCCAGUCAGCAGAGCCUCCUUCAGCCAGCAAGAGAGACUGUUACACCAAAUUACAUAGGUCUGGCCAAGAACUUGACCUAGAGGCAGGCAGGCAGAGGAAGGCAGCCUGCAACGAGCCAAACAGUAUUCAAGAUGGGACUGCAGAUGACAGCAUCUUUCUCAAAGGAAGUGCAAUACUGGAGACACAAAACAAUGUCAUACAACUGCCAGAUAUUGAUUAUCCCCAAAAUGGCAAUCAAACCAGGAACUAUGUUGAAAAAGAUAGUUUUUCAGUCAACAGGCCACAAUCAGACCAAAACACCGGGCCUUCAGCAACAGAGGACCAGGACCUUUGCAUAACCCCACCUUUGCCUAUGAAGGAGAGCAGUAUUGAACUUUUUAAGACUGACUCUGCAAACUUGAGGGAGGACAUUCCCAGUGGUAUCACUGUUACGAAACCAGCACAGGCACCCGCACAGCCCAACUGUGAAGACAUCAAUGGAGAAAUUGAGGAAGAUGCGGAAGUAGCAGCGGCUUUGGCUGCACUGGAAGCUGCAACUGCAGGGGAAGACCUGGAAGACGAUGACGAGUACUAG